AAAAGAGCCGUAGAAGAAGAAGUGAAAAAGUGGGAGUGUCGCGACAGGAGUAACUCAGUCGAGUCACACGAGAACUUUCUGGUUCCUCUUUCCAAUGUUUUGUUUUAAAAACGCCCGUGAAUUAACAUGUCUGUUUGCCGUCGCCGUGUGUGUGUUGACGGGUCACUCGCUGGCGAACGAGUCGGAGUUUCAGGAGGAGUUUUUGAAGCGGGAAUACUCUCUGUCUAAGCCUUACCGCGGCUUGGGCUUCUCUAGUUCCUCGUUCUGGGAUCUGAUGGGCAACGCCAUGGUCACACCUGACCACGUGAGACUGACCCCAGAUCUGCAGAGCAGACAGGGGGCAGUAUGGAGUCGCAUUCCACUCUUCUUGCAGGACUGGGAGCUGAAGGUUCACUUUAAAAUCCACGGCGUUGGAAAGAAGAAUCUGAACGGGGAUGGAAUGGCGGUCUGGUUGACCAGAGAUCGCAUGCAGGAUGGUCCUGCGUUUGGAAACAUGGCCCAGUUUGUUGGACUCGGAAUUCUCGUGGACACUUAUCCAAACUCUGAACCUGGUGACAAAUCUUUCCCGUACAUAUCAGUGAUGCUGGGGAACGGGACGGUGUCGUACGACCACGACCGCGACGGGCGCCCCUCUGCGCUCGCCGGAUGCUCGGCUUUGGUCCGCAACUCCCUCUACGACACGUUCCUCCUCGUCAGAUACUCCAGAUAUAAACUGAGGGUCAUGGUGGACGUAGACGGGAAGCAGGAGUGGAAGCCGUGUGUUGACAUCAGAGGACUGAGACUUCCCACAGGAUACUUCUUAGGUGCCUCGUCUGCCACUGGAGACUUGUCAGACAACCACGACAUCAUCUCCAUGAAGCUGUACCAGCUGACGGUGGAGAAGACUCCAGAGGAGGAGGCGGAGGAGCAGGAGAGCGUCCUCUUACCCAGAGUGGACGACAUGGAGCAGUUCAUAGUUAUAGUCGAGGAGGAAGGGAUGAGCGGAGUCCAGCUCUUUGUCACGCUCCUCUUCUCCGUCCUGGGCGUCGGCGUCCUCGCCGUCAUUGGACUCAUGUUUUACGGACGCUGGACGGAGAAAAGACGCAAGCGCUUCUAUUGAUCGGAGGACAUGUAUUUCUUUUCCUUUUAGGUUUUUUUUUUGUCUCCUUUUCUCAGACUGUAUGUGAACAUAUGUUAGAAAACUCUCAGAGUGAACAACUUCAAGAGCUGGAGAACAUGAUAAAACAGCCCAGAUGAACAAGUGAACGUCGUGGUCAGGUGAGCCACCUGUGGAAUAUCCUCUGAUAAAGCUGCUCUAGAAGAAAUAUUUAUUAUUAAAAUAAAGUGAACUCAUCUCAUUAAAGUGGGAACGAUUACAUCCCAUAGCACUGAAAACACGCUAGAGAUGGAAAAACCCAGGAACUUCAGAAUCGGAUGCUGUUAUUUAUUGAUUUACUGUAGUGCAGUUACCUCUUACAGCCACUCGGUGCUGCCAGUGAGCAGCUGUAACUUGCUGUGAAGACCAGUCAACCUGUGGAAAACCUUCUUUGAUGUUUAAAGGUCCAGCGUGUAAAUACUGACCUCUAGUGGUGAGAAUGCAGAGAGGCACAAAGGUGCGGCACAAGAUGGCUGCCUUCGCAAAGCGAGGCUACGAAAGCCAAAUGUUAAAAACACUGUUCAGCGAUUCUACACUUACACUAAACCCUAACCCUGAAUGUUACGCACUGGACCUUUAAGAGCGACUCGUAAACACUGUGAUCAGCUGACGCAGUUAUGAUUAAAUAAAGGACCACGCUUUAAAUCAGAGGUCACAAACUCGUACGACAAAUGUACACAGUGCAAAUGUGCACAGUACAAAUGUACACAGUACAAAUGCACACAGUACAAAUGUACACAGUACAAAUUGGCGCAUGUCGGUACGUAGAGUGCAACAUUCAAAAUGGUCGACUUUUCGUUCGUCUUGGUCUGUAACGUCUUCCCACCAAGAACGAUAAAUCGUCCACAGUUUAAAUGCAUUUAUGAUGCAAAAUCAAUCAGUUAUUAAAAAUAAAAGCACACAGAAAUAAUUCACACCAGUUUGAGACCUCUGCUUUAACUUAAUCUCAGAUUAUUUCCUUUCAGGUCGUGCAGCGACUAAAGCUUCAAACACUUCAUUAUGCGUGAUUCGUCGCCAUCUGCUGGAUGGUGUGAGUCCAUGACGUUUCGAACCUGUGGUUAUAUAAAUUACAUGUGAUGGAAUGGUGCCUUAUACUCCUGGUGUCCACCGGGUGGCGCUGCAGUUCAGACACUGACAAAAACAGUGUUUUGAUAGCAAAAUGUCCAAAAAACGCCACCUUUUAUGCGUUUUUCGUGUAAGACGGGCCGAUACUCGAUGAUGUCAUAGCUCCACCCCCUCUCACUAACACUGUUUUCAUCGGCUGGAGUUUGUUUCCAAUUUAUUUUCUUUCCUUAUUCGUUCAGUUUCUGUGAUUGUCUACAUUGUAAUGUACACGUAUUUGAAUAAAACUUUAUUUAAAAAAAAAACAACCAAACAUUUUAAUUUAAUUUGAACAAAUAUACAAUUAAAGAAAAAACUUCUGUCAAUUUUUGAUUUGAACAACAGUUAAAUGUGUCAUUUUCUCAGUUUAAUUCAACAGUCAACAGCGCCAUCUGCUGGCAUCUCGUCAGAGUUGUUUUGCCAACAGGAUUAAGUUUAUUUACGGUUCUUCCAUUAUUUGUAUUUUUCCAAAUGUCAGGGAUUAAAUCUGUGAAACCGC